CUUUUGUAGUGCUGUUGUGAAGAGUGACUCGCCAGCUGCAGCAGACGGCGGCUCGUACAGGCGUGUUGAAUAAUAUGUUGAGUAACGCGUCUAGUAACGUGUAGAGCGGUGCCGUACUGCCGUGCAUGGUGUGUGUGACAAGCCAAGGAGUGAGCAGCGAGGAAUGGCCAGGAACAGUUACCGAAACUUCCUGAGACUGCUGGAGAAGUGGCCUGUGGACGCGAGCAAGGGCGCCGACAGAGACCUUGGGGAAUACCUCCGUAAACGUGUGACGGAAAGCUUCAAGCACGGGGAAGCCUCACCAGUGAAUGAGGAGGAGUGUCACCGAAUCUAUUCCUCACUGAACCGCAUUGCCAGUGGCACUUAUGCAGCAAAAUACCCACGCUCCCUCACGAGCACGUCAACAGGUCUGUCAGCUGAGGAGUGCCACCAAGUCAUGUCAGUAGAGUUUCUCAAUGCUAUGGAGGACCAGAACAAGGGGAUCAUAAAGCGCCUGUUCCAGAAAAACUGA